CUUUGCUUGUCUAUACACAACCCAAGUGCGAUUCCACUGUGUACACAUCGUCACUAUUGACAACAAUUCACGCGGAGGAGAUGGCUAAUAGCUCUUUUAAUAAACCGGACAUUGAGCGCGUAUUCAGAGGUACAUUUGUGCACUCGACCCGGACCUGCGCGCUCCAGAUCUUGGAAGACGCGCUUUUAGGAGUAGACACGGAAGGGAAGAUUGCUUUCAUAGAAAAGGGUGAGGACCUGGGUAGACUGGCUGCAGACUUCAAAACCUCAGACAUCAUCCAACUCUCCCAACAUGAGUUCUUUAUGCCAGGACUGGUGGACACACACAUCCAUGCUUCGCAAUAUAGCUAUGCGGGCACAGCUCUGGACCUACCUCUACUGCAGUGGCUGAACACAUACACGUUUCCAGUGGAAUCACAGUUCAAAGACUUAGACUUUGCUCGCAAGGUCUAUAAACAAGUAGUGAAAAGAACCCUGAGAAAUGGAACAACUACUGCAUGUUACUUUGCAACAAUUCAUACCAACAGCUCUCUCCUGCUGGGAGAGAUUGCUAAUGCAUUUGGUCAAAGAGCGUUGGUAGGUAAAGUGUGUAUGGACAGAAACAAUGCUGUCAAAUACUACAAAGAAACACUGCAGGAGUCUCAGGACGAAACCUGUCGGUUUAUUGCUGAGCUCUUGAACAAAAAGUACCCUCUAGUAAAGCCAGUUGUUACCCCACGGUUUGCUCCAUCCUGUUCAGGAGCCUUACUUGGACAGCUGGGAGCAAUUGCCAAGAAUAACAACCUGCACAUCCAGAGUCACAUUAGUGAAAACCCGGAAGAAGUGAUGCUGGUAAAGGAAUUGUUCCCUGAGUCUGAAUCCUACAGCGACGUUUAUUGCAAAUAUAACUUGCUUACUGACAAGACAAUAAUGGCCCAUGGCUGUUACCUGAGUGACAAGGAGCUGACCUUAUUUAGAGAAACAGGAGCAUCUCUGUCUCACUGUCCAAACUCCAACAUUUCGUUGUGUAGCGGUAUUUUGAAUGUACGGAAUGUUCUGAAACACAAUGUCAAGCUGGGGCUCGGAACAGAUGUGGCAGGUGGAUAUUCUGCCUCUAUACUGGAUGCUAUGAGGAGAGCACAGGACUCAUCCAAAGUCUUGGCCAUGCAAGAUUCAGACUUGGACCCCCUAACAUUUGAAGAGGCCUUCAGAUUGGCAACUCUUGGUGGCAGCCAAGCAUUAUCACUAGAUGGUCAAACAGGAAACUUUGAAGUUGGCAAAGACUUUGACGCUCUCAGGGUGAAUUUGAUUGUGCCAGGUGGACCUAUUGAUCUGAUACAGCACGAAGAGCCAAAGAUACUUGUAGAAAAGUUCCUGAAUUUAGGGGAUGAUCGCAACAUUGUGGAGGUGUUUGUGGCUGGCAGAAGAGUCGUCCCAUUCACAGAUUCAAAACCGGAAUGAACCAGAAUGAUUCUAGUGAAAUGUGGUAAAUGUUUUCUAAAUGACCAUUUGCCAAACACAUAUAUAUGGCUAUGUCGCUUUUUCUGGUACAUGCUGCCUUAAUUUCGAUUGUAGCCUGUAACUAACUUACUUACAACAUUCUCUAUUUUUCCUAAAGUAAAUGCAUAACGGGAGGCCAUUAGUACAGUGCCAAUUAAAACAGAAGUAUCUGUAGUUGUUGACAGGGCACAAUACACUGUUUAUUACUACAGCUAUAGCAGUUUGCUUUGCUCUGUUUACUCCACUCAGGAAUCAAAUUUCAUGAGGCAUUGUCUUUUCAUUUAUAAUUACGCAUGCUUAUACAUUUCUUUUUGUACAGGCAUUGAUAAGUUAGUGUUAAAAAUGCUACUUAUGGAAACAAAGGGAGCGCAUUUAGUAACCCUAUUUGUUUUAUUUUGUAACUCUUAUUAAAAUGUGAGAUUUUGUCAUUCAUUUUAAAUGUGUGUAUGUAGCAAAUAGAGAGCAGAGCAGAUCUAAAUAGAAAGACAUUUGUGUUUGUCACAUGAAAGAGGAAUGACACAGCCCACUGACACUCAUCUUUAAAUAGAACUGAAAUAGACAAAAAGUCACUGACACAGGAGGAUGUCAGCGAAGACAGGCUUCUGUAGAUUUUUUUGGGUAAAUUGUUUUUUGUUACAUCAUUGUCACUAGCAUUUGAAAUACAUUUGAUAAAACUA